AUGGCUGUUCCUCUGAGCAUUCCUCUCAUUCUCUCAUUGAUAACAGCUAAUCCAGGCUGUUUUACCACCACUGCAAAGUCUGUGAGAAUUCAGAGAGGUGAAGGAUACAAAUUGUUUUUGUUAUUCUUUUGUCCCCAUCAAGGUACACCCAGUCUGUAUGUGGAUAAUCAGGAGGAGACAGGAUUUUUUGGUGAAAACAUCACCAUAAACUGUUACUACACCACCUCUGGAGAGAUGAAAUGGUGUAAGAUGAACAGCAACUGUGURACAGAAAGAUCAGGAUUAAUAGAUGGAACAAAAGUAAACCUGAACAACAGAGGUGACAACAGAUUCACUGUGAYGCUGAGUGAACUGAGGGCAGAGAGCAGUGGUUGGUAUUACUGUGUCAAAGGAGACUUCCAGAUGCCAGUACACCUAACUGUUACUGAAAGACCUGCAGAUGCUGGGAGAUGCUGAGUUGAAAGUUAUACUAAAAUCAACAAAAAGCAGCUGCACAAAGGUGUUUCUCUCCUCCAGAUGUUGAAGACUCAAAGUGAAGAGGAAAGGGUGUCRUCUGUGGAGUGGCUUGGCUGAUAAGUAAACUGGCACGAGUCAAAACCAGAGAGCAAACAGAAAAAUGUUUACAUCUUCCAGCUCAUAAAGCAUCACAUUUACUGUAACAGUGCUUCCUGUAUGAAACUCAUCAGACUGAUGAAGUCUCUUGGAGGAGAGACAAAAUGUUUCAAUAAAGAAGAACCCAUCCAAAGGACCUACUUUUUUUUCUUUUUGAGUUAAUAUUGCUGAUUUCACCAGCAGAAAGUCCAAGUUUUAGCUUUCCUUGAUUGAAAUGCUGGUUGUGUUUUUUUUAGUAAAUAACUGUUUAAUUUACCAAAGUAAAUUGAAUUAAAUCAAACUGAUGAUUUACCAAUUGUCAUGAACUAUACCAAUAUUUCAGAGUAAAAACUCUUAUGAAUUAAAAUAUUUUCAUUGAGAUUGAGUUUAAAAAAUUAUUUUCUUUGCUUUGGUUGUUUUCAAGGUUUUCAACCUGUUGAUGCAGAUGAUGAUUCUGUGUUGUACACAUCAUCUUUGAAUUAAAUGAAUAAAUAUGACAAGGAGAGUUGAACCAAUGUCUACUUCCUCCUUGAUCCUCUCAAGUCAGAUCAGCAUUUGUGUAAAAAGACUUGACAUUAAA